AUGCAUGAAGCUAACGUAGGUAGAAAUGAAGAUGAGAGGAAUAAGCACAAUUCAGGUGGCUUUGAUAACUCUAAUUUAGCAAUUGGUCAUGACACUGGUUAUGGAAUGACUAAUGAUGAUUUAAUGUUUGAUACCAAUGUUGACAACAUAACUGAAGGUAAUGAAGUAAAUCUAAAUCGAAGCUGGGGCCAUCAGUUGAAGCUG